AUGAUGGCGCCCUUGGGAGAUGCAGACCACUGUCGUGACAAGGCCCGCAAAGACCUGCUUGCCCUGCUCGAAGGCGCCAGGGGCAAGAAGAACCUCGUCAUCAGUCAGGAGCUGGCUGGUCCGGUCGGCUUGUUCGUCAAGUUCUCGGUUCUCCAAGAAUAUGGCGUAGAUCGCGUGUUUUUGCUGGAAAAUGCAAACAUCGACUCGUCCCAGCGCAAUGUCGUCUUCCUCGUUCGUGGCGAGAAGGCGCAGCAUGUGCGCACGGUGGCUGAACAGGUCAAACGUCUACGGAAUAAUGGAAAUGUUGAACAUGAAAUUACCAUCAUUUUCGCUCCCCGGCGAACACUGGUGAGCAAUGCCGUGCUGGAAGAGGCCGGCAUCAUCGGAGAUAUCAACCUUGCCGAGCUCCCACUCUACUUCUUGCCCUUAGAACAGGACAUAUUGUCAUUAGAGUUGGAUGAUGCUUUCAGUGAUUUGUACCUGAACAAGGACCCAGGAUGCAUAUUCCAUUCGGCAAAAGCCCUGAUGGGGAUCCAGCAGAAGCAUGGCUACUUUCCUCGCAUCAUCGGAAAGGGCGACAAUGCACGUCGCCUAGCUGAUCUUUUGCUACGCAUGCGAAAAGAACUCGAUGCUGAAGAGAGCUCUGGCCUCUCAGACCCGUUCGCUCGAGGCUUGCUUCCGAGUGCAGACACAGAAAGUCUCAUCAUAAUCGACCGUGAUGUUGAUUUUGGAACUCCGCUGCUGACGCAGCUAACUUACGAAGGUCUGAUCGACGAGUAUGUCGGCAUUAGGAAUAACCAGGCCGAUGUCGACACCAGCAUUGUAGGACAGGCUCCUGCGCCGCAGUCCCAAGAGUCAUCGAAGACACCCCAGCAGUCCAAACAAGCACUGAAAAGAAAGAUCCAGCUGGAUGCGUCUGACACAUUAUUCAACCAACUCCGAGAUACGAAUUUUGCCAUUGUGGGUGACAUUCUUAACAAGGUGGCUCGUCGCUUGGAAAAUGAAUACGAGACCCGGCAUUCAGCCAAGACCACAAAUGAGCUUCGAGACUUCGUCAACAAGUUACCGACCUAUCAGCUAGAACAUCAGAGUCUUCGCAUUCACACGAACCUCGCAGAGGAGAUCAUGAGACUCACCCGUUCCGAGACCUUCCGCAAAGUAUUGGAAGUCCAGCAGAACAAUGCUGCUGGCGCUGAUCCCACUUAUCAACACGAAACGAUCGAGGAACUGAUCGCACGAGACGUCCCGCUGAAAAGCAUCCUUCGUCUGCUUUGUCUUGAGUCCUGCAUGUCCGGUGGACUCCGCCCCGCGACCUGGAGAACUUCAAGCGCCAAGUCGUCCAGGCGUACGGCCACCAACACCUUCUAA